AUGUCAGGCCGCCGCUGCGCCGGCGGGGGCGCGGCCUGCGCGGGCGCGGCGGCCGAGGCCGUGGAGCCGGCAGCUCGCGAGCUGUUCGAGGCUUGCCGCAACGGGGACGUGGAGCGAGUUAAGAGGCUGGUGACGCCCGAGAAGGUGAACAGCCGCGACACGGCGGGCAGGAAGUCCACUCCGCUCCACUUCGCCGCAGGUUUUGGUCGGAAAGAUGUAGUUGAAUAUUUGCUUCAGAAUGGCGCAAAUGUCCAAGCACGUGAUGAUGGGGGCCUUAUUCCUCUUCAUAAUGCAUGCUCUUUUGGUCAUGCUGAAGUGGUCAAUCUCCUUUUGCGACAUGGUGCAGACCCAAAUGCUCGUGACAAUUGGAAUUAUACUCCUCUCCAUGAAGCUGCAAUUAAAGGAAAGAUUGAUGUUUGCAUCGUGCUGUUACAACAUGGAGCUGAGCCAACCAUUCGAAAUACAGAUGGAAGGACAGCGUUGGAUUUAGCAGACCCGUCUGCCAAAGCAGUGCUAACUGGUGAAUAUAAGAAGGAUGAACUCUUGGAAAGUGCCAGGAGUGGCAAUGAGGAAAAAAUGAUGGCUCUGCUUACACCAUUAAAUGUCAACUGCCAUGCAAGUGAUGGCAGAAAGUCAACUCCAUUGCAUUUGGCAGCAGGUUACAACAGAGUAAAGAUUGUACAGCUGUUGUUGCAACAUGGAGCUGAUGUUCAUGCUAAAGAUAAAGGUGAUCUGGUGCCCCUGCACAAUGCCUGUUCCUACGGUCAUUAUGAAGUAACUGAACUUCUGGUCAAGCAUGGUGCCUGCGUAAAUGCAAUGGACUUGUGGCAGUUCACUCCUCUCCAUGAGGCUGCUUCCAAGAACAGGGUUGAAGUGUGUUCUCUUCUCCUGAGUUAUGGCGCAGAUCCAACACUGCUGAAUUGUCACAAUAAAAGUGCUAUAGACUUGGCUCCCACACCACAGUUAAAAGAAAGGUUAGCAUAUGAAUUUAAGGGCCACUCCUUGCUUCAGGCUGCACGGGAAGCUGAUGUUACACGAAUCAAAAAACAUCUCUCUCUGGAAAUGGUGAACUUUAAGCAUCCUCAAACACAUGAAACAGCAUUGCAUUGUGCUGCUGCAUCUCCAUAUCCCAAAAGAAAGCAAAUAUGUGAACUGUUGCUAAGAAAAGGAGCCAACAUCAAUGAAAAGACUAAAGAAUUCUUGACUCCUCUGCACGUGGCUUCUGAGAAAGCUCAUAACGAUGUUGUCGAAGUAGUGGUGAAACAUGAAGCAAAGGUUAAUGCUCUGGAUAAUCUCGGUCAGACUUCUCUGCACAGAGCUGCACAUUGUGGUCAUCUGCAAACCUGCCGCUUACUCCUGAGCUAUGGGUGUGAUCCUAACAUUAUAUCCCUUCAGGGCUUUACUGCCUUACAGAUGGGAAAUGAAAAUGUGCAGCAACUUCUUCAAGAGGGUAUCCCAUUAGGUAAUUCAGAGGCAGACAGACAGUUGCUGGAAGCUGCAAAGGCCGGAGAUGUAGAAACUGUAAAAAAACUGUGUACUGUUCAGAGUGUCAACUGCAGAGACAUUGAAGGGCGUCAGUCUACACCGCUCCAUUUUGCAGCUGGCUAUAAUCGGGUGUCUGUGGUGGAAUAUCUGCUGCAGCACGGAGCUGAUGUGCACGCUAAAGAUAAAGGAGGCCUUGUACCUUUGCACAAUGCGUGUUCUUACGGACAUUAUGAAGUUGCAGAACUUCUUGUUAAGCAUGGAGCAGUAGUUAAUGUAGCUGACUUAUGGAAAUUUACACCUUUACAUGAAGCUGCAGCCAAAGGAAAAUAUGAAAUUUGCAAACUUCUGCUUCAGCAUGGUGCAGACCCCACAAAGAAAAACAGAGAUGGAAAUACUCCUUUAGAUCUGGUUAAAGAUGGAGAUACAGAUAUUCAAGAUCUACUUAGGGGAGAUGCAGCUUUAUUGGAUGCUGCCAAGAAGGGUUGUUUAGCCAGAGUAAAGAAGUUGUCUUCACCAGAUAAUGUAAAUUGCCGUGAUACACAAGGCCGACAUUCAACACCCUUACAUUUAGCAGCUGGUUAUAAUAAUUUAGAAGUUGCAGAGUAUCUCCUACAACAUGGAGCUGAUGUAAAUGCUCAGGACAAAGGAGGACUUAUUCCUUUACACAAUGCAGCAUCUUAUGGCCAUGUAGAUGUAGCAGCUUUACUAAUAAAAUAUAAUGCAUGUGUCAAUGCUACGGACAAAUGGGCUUUCACACCUUUGCACGAGGCAGCCCAGAAGGGACGAACACAGCUUUGUGCAUUACUGUUGGCCCAUGGAGCUGAUCCAACGCUUAAAAAUCAGGAAGGACAAACACCUUUAGAUUUAGUUUCAGCAGAUGAUGUCAGUGCUCUCCUGACAGCAGCCAUGCCCCCUUCUGCUCUGCCUUCAUGUUACAAACCUCAAGUGCUCAAUGGCAUGAGAAGCCCAGGUGCCACUGCAGAUGCUCUGUCUUCAGGUCCAUCCAGCCCAUCAAGCCUUUCUGCAGCCAGCAGUCUUGACAACUUAUCUGGCAGUUUUUCUGAACUAUCUUCAGUAGUCAGUUCAAGUGGAACAGAGGGUGCUUCCAGUUUGGAGAAAAAGGAAGUUCCAGGAAUAGAUUUUAGCAUUACUCAAUUUGUAAGAAAUCUUGGACUUGAACACCUAAUGGAUAUAUUUGAGCGAGAACAGAUCACGUUGGAUGUAUUAGUUGAGAUGGGACACAAGGAGUUGAAAGAGAUUGGAAUCAAUGCUUAUGGACAUAGACACAAAUUAAUUAAAGGAGUUGAGAGGCUUAUCUCUGGACAACAAGGUCUUAACCCAUACUUAACUCUGAAUACCUCUGGAAGUGGAACAAUUCUCAUUGAUCUGUCUGCUGAAGAUAAAGAGUUUCAGUCUGUGGAGGAAGAGAUGCAAAGUACAGUCCGAGAGCACAGAGAUGGAGGUCAUGCAGGUGGGAUCUUCAACAGAUACAAUAUUCUCAAGAUUCAGAAAGUUUGUAACAAGAAACUAUGGGAAAGAUACACUCACAGGAGAAAAGAAGUUUCUGAAGAAAACCACAACCAUGCAAAUGAAAGAAUGCUAUUUCAUGGGUCUCCCUUUGUGAAUGCAAUUAUCCAUAAAGGCUUUGAUGAAAGGCAUGCCUACAUAGGAGGCAUGUUUGGAGCUGGGAUCUAUUUUGCUGAAAACUCUUCCAAAAGCAAUCAGUAUGUAUAUGGAAUUGGAGGAGGUACUGGGUGUCCAGUACAUAAAGACAGAUCUUGUUACAUUUGCCACAGGCAGCUGCUCUUUUGCCGUGUAACCUUGGGAAAGUCUUUCCUGCAGUUCAGUGCAAUGAAAAUGGCGCAUUCUCCUCCAGGUCAUCACUCAGUCACUGGUCGACCUAGUGUAAAUGGCCUAGCAUUAGCUGAAUAUGUUAUUUACAGAGGAGAACAGGCUUAUCCUGAAUAUUUAAUUACUUACCAGAUUGUAAGGCCUGAAGGUAUGGUUGAUGGGUAA